AAGACUUCUCAUUGGUCGCUGCCCAGAGGGCUGGACUGUGAAAGAACUCUGUUGGUGAAGAAGAGAAACAGUCUGGAUGUAACUCUUACAAGUGAAGGACUGGUCCAGUGUUCUGCUCUCCUCUCAUCUGUUCCCACAUCAGGACUCCAGGUUUUCAAGAAGGAAGAGGAGUAAGUAAAGGUCAAGCCUCAGCUGCUGCACAGAGUCAGGAGUAUUUGGACAUGGAGGAAAACUUCCCACUAAAUGUUGCCGUCACAGGAGAGUACGGCUCUGGUAAAUCCACCUUUGUUAACGCCAUUAGAGGCGUAGACAACAUGGAUGAGAGAGCUGCUCCGACUGGAUCUGUAGGGAUAACUGAGGAUGUCACACCGUACUCGCAUCCAAACUAUCCCCACGUGACAUUUUGGGAUCUACCUGGUGUCGGCACCACCAAUUAUCCAGCUGCAGAGUACGUGAAGCUGGUUGAGCUGGAGAGGUUUGACUUCUUCGUCAUCAUCUCAGCUGAUCGCCUCAGAGAAAGUGACGUGAAGCUGGCCAAGGAGAUUCAGAAGAUGGGGAAGAGGUUCUACUAUGUUCGCUCAAAGAUCGACAACAACGUUCGUGACAAGGAGGGAAAGCAGAGAGGGUUCGAUGCAGAAAGGACUCUGACACAAAUCAGGGAAAACUGCAUUCAGGGUCUUCAGGAACAAGGUCUCAGGUCUCCUCAGGUCUUCUUGGUGUCCAGCAUUGACCCCAACCUCUUUGACUUCCCUCUCUUAGCAGAGAUCCUGAAGAGAAAACUUCCUGAACUCAAGAGGGACGCCUUCCUGUUAGCCAUGCCAAAUACCAGCCUGGAGAUGAUCGACAGGAAGAAAGAGGCUUUUAAAUCAAAGAUAAAAUAUGUUGCAGGUCUGUCUGCAGCUGUAGCAGCUGCACCAGUUCAUGGUCUCUCUAUUGCUUUUGACUUAGUCUUGCUGGUUGGUGUUUUCACGCGAUAUGUAUUUGGCUUUGGUCUCAACACCUCUUCCUUAAGGAGAGUAUCGAGGUACACGUGUGUUCCUUAUGUAGAAUUGAGGAGCGCCAUCACUCCAUCACUGACAGUGAAAAAAGUAACUCCUGUUCUUGUUCUGAAGACACUUUUUCAAACUGUGAGCAUCGUCAAAUUAAUGACAGGGUACAGAUUCAUUCCCAUGCUUGGAAUCCCAUUAUCAAUGGCGUUCAGUUGCUUCACAACCUACAAAGCUCUCAACAUUCUCCUCAACGUGCUCGCUGACGAUGCCCGAAGGGUGUUUAGAAAAGCUCUGGAUUGAACACCACAUUGGGACUCAAAAGGGACGAAAAGUCAUUUUAAGGAAUAUUUUUUAAAGCAGCAGAAUUUUCUAUAAAUAUUCGAGUAAAUAACAUAUCUCAAAAAUAAUAUUGUGUUCUAACUGCACAUUUUAGAAACUGCCUCAUAUGAUUUGUUGUCAUCCUUUUCCCCAUCAAUUUAAAAUAACACUUUUUUCAAAUGUAGAUACAGGUAUUAUAUUUUUUUGUUUUGUUGUUUUGCCUAAAAACUCACAGAAUAUGACAGUUAAAGUAACACUCAAUAGGAAACAAAAAGUAGAUUUUUAGACUAAAGUCCUGAUUCAACCAGAAUAAAGUCACAAUGUAACCAGAAUAAAUUCCUAAUAUAUCAAGAAUGAAGUCGUAACAUAACCAGGAUAAAUACUGAAUAUAUUAAGAAUAAUGUAGUGAUUGAACCAGAAUAAAGUCACAAUUUAACUAGAAUAAAUUCUUAAUAUAUCAGGAAUGAAGUUGUGAUAAAACCAGAAUAAUGUCCUGAUAUAACUAGAAUUAAGUCACAAUACAGCCAGAAUAAAGUCCUUAUAUAAACAGAAUAAAGUCCUAAUACAACCAGAAUACUGUCUUAAUGUAACCAGAAUAAAGUCAUAAUAUAUCAAGAAUGAAGUUGUGAUAAAACCAGAACAAAGUCCUAAUAAAACUAGAAUAAAGUCCUAAUACAACCAGCAUGAAGUUUUUAUAUAACCAGAAUUAAAUCAAAAUUUAACUUGAAUAAAGUUGAAUUACAACCAGAAUGAAGUCCCAAUGUAACCAGAAUAAGUUCCCAAUAUAACCAGAAUAAUGUCCUAUAUAACCAUAAUGAACGCCUAAUAAAACCAGAAUGAAGUCCUUAUAUAACCAGAAUAAAGACGUAAUAUAAUAGAAUAAAGUUGUAAUAUUAUUUGAAUAAAAUCAUAAAUGAUUUUUUUAGAAGUCAUAAUUUAGGCUGUUUAGCCUUAGAUAUUUUAAAGUGAUGGAUCAGAAGAGGAGCUCGCAGCCGCCUCUUAAAUGAAGAACGUGGAGCAUCUUCUGAAAUUAUUCUUUAUUAUGAAUUUCAUUAAAAAGGGACAUUUUUUAGCACAUCAGCACCACAGAGUCAUAGGUGUCUGGAUUUUGAAUCCAUUGUGUAAUCUGAGUCUGUAAGGUCUGUACAUUACUGCUUCAUUCUUGUCAUACUAAUCCUUCGUCAUACUUAGGAACAUGCAUCUUUCUUGCCUUCAUAGUUAUGGUCUUAUUCUUUUGAGCUGAACAUUUUAUAAUGAAAACAGCUUUUUAAUCAUUGUUUUUAAAUCACUGCUGAUCCUUAUUGCUUUAUAUGAAACUGCUCUGCCAUCACUCGGUACUUUGUUCCAAUCAUGUAAGAGGAUUGUGAAGAGAUUUUUCUUUUUUUAAAACAGAUGUUCUUCAGUUUCCAAAUAAAAUCUUCAUAAUGA